CAGAUGAAGCCAUUAGGGAAAGGAAAGUAGCAUUUAUAAUAGACCUAAAUGGCUUGACAAACAAUACCUUUUGACAUGGUUCUUUCUGUCAGACUAUCUGCAUAUAAAUAACAUUAUACUUUUAAUCAUAGUAUAAAAGCUGUACCGAUUUGCAUAUAUAUAUUGCUGUAUUUGAAAGAUAAAAAUAUACGCCUUAUAGUAUGCAUAUUAGUAAUACAUGAUAUCGAAAGUAAAACACACAUAAAAAUAAUGAAGAUGUCAGCUAAUCCUUAAUAUGAAAUGCUUUGUUGAAUAAUUAUUUUUUUAUAAUGUAUGCACACGCUAUAAACUCCAUUGACUUUAUUCAAUAAUUGCAUUGUUCAUCGAAUUAUGAGAAAUAAUGUUGACAGCUUAGAAAUCGAAAGUUAGAAACUUCAUCAUGGCAUAAAACUUAAAAAAUGCACAUAACGAAAGUUAUGUCUACCUUAUCUCCUACCUUUUACAUAGUCAAAUACACUACUUGGUAUAUGAAUUUUCAUUUCAAUGACAACAUGAUAUUUUCUCAACUUUACCUUUUGCCAGGAAAAGAAAUGGGUUUUUCCUUCAGUGCAACGGGCGCAGUAAUGAGCAUGCGCAUUUCCUACUUUCGUUUCCGAGCUGCGCUGGUUGUUGGCUCUUCACAUUUGUUGAUAGUCCUGCGGCAUAAAAAGCGGGAACUAGGAAAAUUUAUUGCCGAAUUUGGAAAUGUUUUGUCACAGGGCGAGUUUCAUGUCAAUAGAUCUGAUUCUGACAGUUUUCAAAUUGUGGAGUUUGCAGUUCAGUAUUGCAAAAAGCGUUCAGUUUGGUGUUUGCCAAGGUCAAAUGACGUGCCUGAAGUGGAAUCUUUGAGACGCAGUAACCUGUUUUAUUCCAUGGAUGAUUCGAUACCGUUCCUGUAUGACGGCACUGUGACCGACAGAUUUGGAAACCAACAUGGAAUAACCAACAUGUUUUACCUGGGCUCCGUGUAUCGGCUGCGGAUAUCCUGGAUUGAUGGAUCCUCAACAUUCACUCACACCUUCACUAUUUCUGUGCACCCAGAAGGUGUCUCCUAUGUCUUUUCACAUACUUGUUUCAUUCGGAGUGUGAAUGACACUAAAACAAGUUCUGGUCCUACAAAGUCAAAGUCAGUUUACAUAUUUCCGAUUGGAACAAGUUAUUUCAGAGAUUUUGUAAAAGUAAAUCUUAACAGUGAAUAUUAUUCGCUCAAAAAAACUGAUAAUGAACUUAAACAUGACUUGGAAGAUUCCAUUAAAAAUAACAAAAAGAGCAGUAAACAAUCUGAUCAGGUUAACAAAAAGGUGGCUUCAAACGACUCAAACUUUCUUAGGGUGAUGACAUUUAAUAUUUGGAAUAUGAAUUCAUUAUCAGAGGAUGAUGGUGGAUAUACUCGAAGAAUGACUGCACUUAGAGAUGUGAUACUGUCCAGUGAUCCAGACAUUCUGGGCCUUCAGGAGGUGAGAUACGAGGCACAUAAAGGUGAGACUCUCGGCCCCUGUCAGAUACACACCUUUGCAGACUGGCUCCCCAAUUACCAGUUUGUAUACCAGCCAGCCCAAAUGCAGCCAAACACGCUGGUUGAAGGCCGGACAGAUGAAGGUGUCGCAAUCAUGUCCAAGUUUCCUAUCAUUUCAUGGGAAUACCAUAAGCUUUUCAUAAACCGAAGCAAUAGCGCUGAUACUCAUCAAAGAAUUCUUCUCCAGGCAGAUAUCUAUGUCCCCCACAUUGGCAUUGUGCAUGUGUUCACGACCCAUUUGUCCUUAAGCCAUGAGGCCAGGGAGAAGUCAGUGGAACAGAUCUGGAGUAUAGUGAAGGCCAAACAGGGACCAGCUAUUGUCAUGGGGGAUUUUAAUGCAAAACCUCAUGAAAAAGCUAUGAGGUUUUUAAAAGGGUUUGCAAAAAAGAAUGAUUCAAAAUUGAUUGAUGUAUGGUCGUUCACAAAUACUGACAAAGGAUUCACCUUCAGUGCUCUUCAACCAAACUUAACCAAACGGAUUGACUACAUAUUCUUCAAGCCUGGGCCUGACUGUUGCCUUAUCCACGACUGCUACACAGUAGAUGAUGGGGCUAGAAGUGUAGAGGCAGCCUCAGACCAUCUUCCUGUGGUUGCAGAAAUCAAAACACAGUCCAAAAAGAACUCUUUAUGAAGCACUGCAUGUCAGUGCUUAGUCUGUGAUUGUUUGUUUGUGAUACAUUAUUUAACAAUAUAUUUUUACAUUUUUAAUUAAAA